CAUAGCACAUGAAGGUUUCAAAACGCCAUUGCUUCCUCAUAGCUCUAUAGAUUGUUUUAAGUUCACAUUCUGUCAUUUGAGAAGAGGAUACUUGUCUUCAUGAGAAGAUGGCUUUAUUGUCUGAGUCAAAGCCAAUGAGGAUUGUGCUGCUGGGGAAAACGGGAAGUGGCAAAAGCAGUGCAGGAAACACCAUCGUUGGAGGAGGAAAGGAAGAGUUCAAGAUAGGUUGUUCAGCCAACUCCGAAACGCACAUGUGCGAAGCAAAGACCAAGAUCAUCGAUGGAAGAAAACUCACUGUUGUAGACACACCUGGACUCUUUGACACAGACAUCCCUGAAGAGGAGCUGAAACCUGAACUAGUGAGAUGUAUUGUAGAGUGUUCUCCGGGGCCACAUGCCUUUCUCAUUGUGCUUAGAGUGGACAGGUACACAGUCCACGAGGAACAAGUCAUUACAAAAAUUGAGGAAUGUUUUUCACCAGAGGCCUUCAAAUAUGCCACAGUUCUCUUCACUUACGGUGACCAGCUUCCUGAAGGAAAAACUAUUCAGGAUUUUGUGAAAACAAAUAUGAAACUGAACAAGCUUGUGGAGAAAUGUGGGGGCCGCUGUCACGUCAUCGACAACAAAUACUGGAACAACAGUCAGCAGGAUGAGUACAGGAACAACCAGUACCAAGUAACAGAGUUACUCAACACCAUAGAGAAGAUGGUGAGAGAUAACGGAGGAGGGUGCUACACCAACGAGAUGCUCCAAGAGGCAGAGAGAUUAAUACAAGCAGAGAAAGAGAGUCUUAGAGAGUCAAACAGCCAGAUGUCAGAGGAAGAGAUCGAAAAACUAGCCAAGGAAAGCGCGAGAAAGAAACUCCUGAUCAAAUUGUCGGGGGUAGCAACAGGUGUAUUGGUAGGAGCUCUACUUGGGGUUGCAGUGCCAUUAGCAAUAGUACUCUUACUUCUUGCAAAGCAAAUGGGACAAUUAAGUACAAAAGUAGCAGCAGCAGCAGCAGCAAAAGUAGCAGGUGUAGUAGCAGGAGGAGUAGCAGGAGGAGUAGCAGGAGGAGUAGCGGGAGCAGCAGGAGGAGUAGCAGCAGUAGCAGGAGGAGUAGCAGGAGGAGUAGCAGCAGGAGGAGCAGCAGGAGCAGCAGGAGGAGCAGCAGCAGGAGGAGCUGUAGUUACGGUGGAGACCGGAGCAAGCAUUGGAGUGGGUGCAGGGUUAGGCAUAGCUGCAGGAGUUGUUGCUGGGACAGCAGCAUUAGUAGGAGCAAUAGGAGGGGGGGUAGUUGGAGCUGCGGCAGCAAAAGAUGCAGAGACACCAGGAGAGGCAGCAGAGAAAGCAGCUGUAGCAGUCCUUAAGAAGGGUAAGGGAAUCUGGGUGGAUUGUAAAGAAGUCUUUGUGGAGAGUAAAGGUAGUGUGGAGAAUGAACAGAAGGGGAAAGUGGAGAAACUAAAAGCUGCUCCAUCUGCCAUUGAACGAGACGGCAGAUUCAGCUGGAAUGGCAUUUUGUUGUGUGAUCGUAGUUCGGAGGCCAUAAGUCUCUGA